UAUGUUUAGCCACGGUGGUGUUCUCUAUAGGUUCGAUGAGUCUAAACCAUACACAACCACAAUGAUCCGGCCUGGGAACGAAACCGCGACCGCGCCACCAAUCUGCAACGCCGAUGUGCCGUACCUCCCCACUGCACCUUCGUCGUCGACCAAAGUAGUGACUUCAAUGUCGUCAGUAGCAUCGUCGUCGCGGCCUUCGUUCCGAGCAAGAGUCCAGCGGCGGUGGAAAAUGAUAAUGUUUGUGUGCGUUGUGGUUGGCGUGGCCAUGUGCAUCCGGUACCUGCGCAUUGGCAACUAUAUGGAAAUCUUGUCCAUAUGGACCGAGCAUCACGUAGCGCUGGGGGUAUUGGCCAUGGCGGGAAUGUUUGUCGUGUCGGUUGUGGUGGGCAUCCCAGCGACGGUGCUGGAAGCGCUUUGCGGGUUCCUCUUUGGCUGGGCCGGGGGUGCGUUGGUCUCUACGCUGGGGAAAACCACGGGGAGUGCACUAGCGUUUAUGCUGGGGCGCUACUUUCUCGGGGACGUGGUCGUCGUGUGGAUGCGGAAGUACCCCAUUGUCCACGCCAUCUCGCUCGUGUUUGCGUCGGACGCCACCAGCAGCUGGCAGCUGCUCUUUUGCGCCCAGCUGUCGUACAUGCCUUUGACCAUCAAGUGCUACAUGCUCAGUGUCCUGCACGUGCCCACGGGUCGGUUCGUUGUGACCAACUUCGUCUGUGGCAUACCAUUCUCUGUGUUUUGGAGCUACGUGGGGAGCCAAGCAAAAGACGUGGCCAAACUGUUUUCGGACGAAGGCAAGGCACGCAACGAGAAACUCGUGAUUAUGGGUUGUGGCAUCGGGUCGGGGCUUCUCGGACUUGUGGCCGUGGGGUAUUAUACAAAGAAGAAACUAGCGGAACUGCAGCACGCCACACACCACCAGCAGCAGCAUGCGAUACGCAAUGUGCGCGUGGGCUGGGACACGACCACCGAAGGCAGUAGCAACAACAGUGCAGUGUCCUGCGCUGCACUCAAGUGACAUCACCCAACCCAUCUCUGCUAGGUCGAUCGAUAUUCAAUACCAAGGCAAUACAUUACUCCAUGCACCGUUCGAAAACGCGGAGUAUUUUAUUCACUGGAAUAAUACUUCUUUAUUGAAAAAAAGACCUAGUCGAAGAAUAAGUCAUCCGCUGGACGCCAAGGACAGCUUCAGAUGUGCCUCAAGAAAUAAUAUAAAUAAUGCACUUUGUGAAGGCUCGA